AUGACCAAGCUCGGCCUCGAGGACAAGGAUCUGGAGUCGACCCGGACGAUCUUUCACGGCAUCGUUCCCGGCCUCUCCUGCUCUCCGAUCGGUUGCGUCCGGCUCGACGUCCUGUUCGGCGACAGCAACCACUUCCAACGCGAGCCGCUCUGGUUCGAGGUGGUGGACCUGUCCAGCGCAUACCACGCGCUGCUGGGCCGGCCCGCGCUCGCCAAAUUCAUGGCGGUCCCCCACUACGCCUACCUGAAGAUGAAGCUGCCGGGUCCGAAGGGCCUCAUCACCAUCACCGGCGACUACCGCAAGUCCCUGGAGUGCGCACGAGACGGCGCCAAACUGGCCGAGUCGCUGGUCAUCGCCGAGGAGCGGCGCUAG